AUGCAUCUGCGAGAGGAACUGGAUCGAGAAAGGGAGGAGAGGAACUACUUUCAACUCGAGAGGGACAAAGUGCAGGCCUUCUGGGACGUCACUCAGAGACAGCUGCAGGGGGCUAAGGCUGAGCUCCAAACUCUGGACAAAGAGCGCGAGGAAACGGAUAUCAAACUUCAAAUAGAAAUUAAGGUAGUCUCUACUUAUCUGUAUAUUCUCUUUGAAGACAUUUAUGUUAACGAAUGGGUUCCUCUAGAUGCCGAGGCCAAGAACGAAAGUAUGUACAGUGCAUUGCAACAGGAUCUUGAGAACCUGGGGAAGACCGAAGUCAGUCGGGUCAGGGACUACUGGAGCUCAGUCAUUAAAGCCCAGAUGGAGACAGAUAAAGCAGUGUAUGAAGACGCCAAAGCUUUGAUUCACACCACCGAAAAGAAAAUCGAGGACCUCAAUGAACUAAAGCAAUUCAAUGCAGACCAAACAUCCAACCUGAAGAUACUGAAAAAGGACCUCACUCAGGUUUUGCAGGAGAAUCAACAAGUGACGGAGCAUUUGACCCGAGUCCAAGAAGAAAUAGCAGUGCUUCAAAAUAAAACCAAGUAUCGGCCCAAAAAGUUUGACAAUAAAUUGGAAACUGAGCUCAAUAACCUUGCAUUUGAGCAUGAGAACCUACAAAAAAGAUAUAAAGAGCUGCAGCUGGAGGUAGCUCAGCUCCAUAAAACAUCAGCAGAAACCAUUGAGAAGAUGAAUAGCAAGGCCGAUGCAAAACACAGCCAGAUGGAAAAGAAGAUAGAGCAAUUGACAGAAAAAAUGCAGAAGGAUUUGUUGCUUUGCUGA